UAAAACAUCACAAAUACUUCAUCUUUGAGUCUAAAAUGAAGUAAAUGUGACUGUUUUUCGGAAAAUUCGUGUUUUAUGUAUUUUACGACAUGCCGGAAAGCAGACUGGUACAGUGAGUGCUAAGCAGAUGAAAGAUGUGGUCUUGCCGACUGAGAAGUUCACUUUCGGUCAACUUCAGACACUUACGGAAAUGUACAACGUACACCAAGGCCAGUCGGAUAUGGGAAGUCCUCUCGACGAAGCCUCCAGAAAACGGGGUGCCUUUAAAACUGCAGGGCUGGGUACGGUCUAUCCGGUCACAGAAGGAGGUCCUGUUCCUACACCUGAAUGACGGCAGCUGCCUGGCAAACCUGCAGGUGGUGGGCACACCUGACAUGGGCAACAGUGACCUGUCGUUCGGCAGUGCUGUACUUGUAGAGGGGAGACUCUUCCCAAGUUCCCACCCAGGCCAGGAUGUAGAGCUGCAUGCAGACAGACUGGAGGUUUUAGGUCCGUGUAAUGCAAAGGAAUUCCCCUUCAAAGCGAAGAAGAGGCACACCAUGGAGUACACCAGACAGUUCCCCCAUCUCAGGGCCAGGACCAACUCUUUUGCAGCCCUGCUCAGAAUACGGAGCCAAGCAACCAGUGCAAUCCACAAGUUUUUCCAGGAUCAGGGGUACAUUGAAGUCCAUACUCCUGUCAUCAGUUCCAAUGAUUGUGAAGGUGCUGGGGAACUGUUCCAGGUUGAGCCAGCCAGCAGCACAGUACUGAGGGAGCUAUCAGAGGCAAGUGGCAAGGAGACCAAACAUUUCUUUGAUGUCCCAGCAUUCCUCACUGUAUCAGGACAGCUGCAGCUGGAGGUUAUGGCCAGUGCCCUGUCCAGGGUGUACGUGUUCGGUCCCACGUUUCGAGCUGAGAAGUCUCUGGGAAGGAGACACCUGUCUGAGUUCUACAUGGUGGAGGCAGAGUUAGCCUUCACACAGCAACAGGAGGAUGUCAUGGAGGUGAUAGAGAGGAUGGUGAAACAGCCCACCGAGCAGAUCCUAGCCUCCUGUCCUGAAGACCUGCAUCUGUUCUACAAGUUUGUCUCUCCAGGACACAGGGAGAUUGUGGAGAAAAUACUGACAUCAAGAUUUAUCAGGAUGACCUACACAGAAGCGAUUGAAACUUUAAGGAAUCAUUCAGAAAACUUUCAGUUCAAGCCUGAGUGGGGUCGUGACCUGCAGAAAGAACACGAGCGCCACCUAGUGAGGCACUGUGGAGGUGUACCUGUGUUUGUGACAGAUUUCCCCAGGGAUCUCAAGCCCUUCUAUGCUAGAGACAACGAUGAUGAUAAAACUGUUGCAGCAUUUGACCUUUUGGUACCUGAGGUUGGGGAGCUGUUUGGAGGCAGUCUGAGAGAAGAACGACUGGAAACAUUACAGGACAGACUAGACAGGCUAGGCUUGUCCAACAGCUACCAAUGGUACCUGGACCUGAGAAGAUACGGCUCUGUUCCACACGGAGGCUUUGGGAUGGGUUUUGAGCGGUACCUGCAGUGCAUUCUGGGAGUUCCCCACAUCCGUGAUGUCAUCCCCUUCCCACGAUUCCCACACUCCUGUAGAAUGUGACACGUGCAAUGUUUUUCUGCAUUAUUUCUUCCUUUUGAAGGUUUGGGUGUGAAGCCCUUACUUAACUUCAGAAUACAGUUUUAUACAGUUUUAUUAUUUUGUGUGUGGGAAUGUUUCUGGACAUCAUAACUUGAGAAAUUGUGGAAGGAUCUCUAUUGAUGAUAUCUAGUA